AUCAGUAUAAAAACUCACAACUCGAUUUCAUGAUAAGCUCAUUGUUCAGUGAAGUUCAAUUGGAACAGUUUAAAUUGUGUCCACUUAUAUUCAACUAAUAAUAAAAAGUUUUUCUUUCAGUGACAAAAUUAACCAUAACCAUCAACAAUGAUUAAGAGUUUAAUUAUCCUCGGCUGUUUAACAGUUUGUACAAUUUCAUCUCCAGCAUACUAUGGAUACUCUGGUCCUUCAUCAAGAUACUCACACAUCCCAAAAGCAGCUUACGCCAUUCCCGCUCCGUCUUAUGCAUCACCGAAAGCUUCUUAUGCCGAACCUCUUUAUGAGCACAAACCUCAACCCUACAGUUUUGGCUAUGACAUAAACGAUGGCUAUGGAAACAAGAACCAUAAACAAGAAGAAGGUGACGAAUAUGGUGCUAAACGAGGUUCUUAUGGAUACACUGAUGCCCAUGGAAUUUAUCGUAAAGUUGACUAUGUCGCCGAUAAACACGGUUUCCGUGCUACCGUUUCAACAAACGAACCUGGAACUGCACCAAAAGAUCCAGCUGAUGUCAAGAUGAUCGUCAAAGAAUCACCACCAAGUCAUUCAGUUUACGCUGCUCCAGCUUAUCUUAGACCUUCAUAUGCUCCAGCUUACGAUCAUCCAAAACCUUCAGGUUACUCAUCAAGACCUGAAUAUGGAAAUUAUCAUGCAAGUCCUUAUGGUCCACGACGACACUAUUGAUCUAUUCAUAGACAAUUAGCUUCAUUCACAACGAUUAAUAUUAAAUCUGUUACUCGUCUUCCCUUUUCCUGAUGGUUAUCAUUUUUGUAUCAAUAUAAAUGAAAAAAAUACUGCCCAUUAACUGAUUAAUCAAUUAAUUAAUCACUUUAGAUUUGUAGUUAAUUGUAAUAUUAUCAAUAUAAAUAUCGUUUCUACUUUAAA